AUGCCUCAAAAGUCUAAGAGCGAAACAGGGUGCAGGGAGCUGUGCAGCUGGGAAACAGAUCAGGCCCAGGUGCAAGAUCUAGCACCAUCCUAUGUAAGAAGGGCGCUGAAACAGCUGCAGCAUUCAGGUGAACUGAAAUUCCUACGAUGGGGGAGUGAUCAGCCGGAGAAGCAGAAGCUGCAGCAGCAGCAACAUCGGAAGCAGCAGCCUGAUCACAGUGAGGAGCAGCAUGAACAGUGGAAGAGGACGCAGCAUCACCUUAACGACACCCAGAGAAGGCGCUUGCGUACGCAACUGUGCGGCCGCGAAGGUGUGUGCGGCCGCAAGGGUGACUACGGGGAGAUAUGCGACUGCGGUAUCAGGCGUAGUCGUUACACCUCUAACUAUACAAAUGGCGUGAAUAGAGACAACUGCAAAUGCCACAACAGCGCUGGCGAGUGCAGCGGGAACUGCAAGGUGAACGGGAGAAAGAAUGGGGAAGAACCAGUGGGGCAGGUGCAUGAUGCGUCCAGGGACGCUGUAGUGGGAGUACCAGCAUCGGAGGCGCAAGCAGCCGAAGCAGCUGUGGAAGCCCAGAGAGCUGCAGCAUCAGUCCCCCCAGCAGCUGCGUUGCAGGUCAGAGCAAUGCAAUUGCUGAAAAAGCUUUCCCCAUUCCCUGAAGGCAGCGGAUUUGUGCCGUCUGCGCUGCCUCAGCUGCACUACAAGCAACGAAACCUACCAGAAGAGGCGGGAUCUCCAUCUGCUGCGAAUGCUACUAUUUAUACUGCUGAUGGUUCUGCUGUGAGUGGGCGCGAUGAUGACAAGAACGAACUAACGGCCACAAGGAUCGUGCAGGGUGAAGGAAUAGAAGAGGAGAAGGCGCAGCAGAAGCAGCGGGAGAUACUCGAACUUGAGCUGUUGGAGCGGCAGGCCUUUGCUAAUGUCACUACUGCCGCUGCACCACUGCACGAAGAUAACGAAGUGCUGCUGCCCAAGAUGUUCGAGAAUUUGCUACUGCAGGGGCCUUGGAUAAGGCAGCAACAGCCCGCGCCUGCAGAACAGCAGCAAACAGUGCACGUGCUGCAGCGAGGCCAUCAAUAUGCAGCACAAGCCCAGCAGAGUCAGCAACAAAUUGGCUACUUGAGGCAGAAUGACGAGCUUUUGCAUCCUUCAAAAUGCAUACAAGGCAACAGCAGGAGCAGCAACAGCAAUAGCUGCAGGAACAGCAAUAACAGCAGCAACACUGGCGGAUGCUUUCAUGCGCAUGCAGUCGUUCCAGUUUGCAGCGUGCAUAGCAACUGUGACAGCAGAAGCAGAAGCAAGAGGAGACCAGGUAAUAUCAUCGAUUGGCAGCAAACCGCGGCGCUCCUGCAUUCUUUGAUCGCCGCGGAGGACUUGCCUGAGCAGCUGCAACAUCAUCAUUCAGCGGUUCCUGAUGCAACGCAUGCUUUAAAAGGAGCAACAUGUCAAUGGGAAGGUACUGCCAAUGAAGCAGUAUCAACAAACUCUCUCGCUGCACAUUCAUCAGAAACCGCAGGGAAGGUGCUCCCCGGUAGCGUUGGUUCGGCGUUUGCUGCUUCUGGAGCUACUGCUGCUCCUAUCCUGCUGCAGCAGCAAAACGCAGAGCCGCACUUGCAUCAGUCACUACCAGCCGAGGUAGCGCAGCAAAUCCUGCGGCGCAUAAUUUCUGCCACGGUUGAGCUGCACAGACACCACAAAGGGGAUCACGCUCCACACCAGCAUAAUCAGCAGCAAAACGAUCACCUGCAGCAGGAGCGGAAGGACCUGGAGCAGGCUCUGCAACACGAACAGCAGGAAGAGCACCAGGUGCAGGGGAGAUACAGUGGCCCAGCCGCGACUUGCUGCUGCAGUGUCAGCAGCUGCCGAAGCUUUUGCGCAUUUCUUUUACAUCUGCUAAGGGACUUCCGAGCGCAACAGAAACAGCAUGAGCGGCUGUACUUGCUGCUGCUGCAGUUGCUGCUGCAGUUGCUGCAGCAGCAGCUGGCGUGCGCCACUUGCCGUUGCGACAGCGGGUUCCUGAGACAGUACCUGGCUUUUGUGGUGGAACAGAUGGAGCAAUUGCAGCAGCAGCAAGAAGAGGGCAAAGGACUAACUCCAGACUUGCUGCUGGUGGACUUUGAUUCCCUGCACCAUCAGAAGCGAUUGGUGUUGUUGCUGCAGCUGGCCCUAUUGCUACGAGCCUGGCGAGCUAGUGGCGGCACAAGCCGGCGCAAAGUUGUGGUUAAGGUAGCUUAUCUGUCCCUUAUUCAUUUGGGCGCCUGCGUUGAGCUGCGAGAAGCAGCAGCAGACAUCCUUGCUGCUGCAGCACUAGACGAGCUCUCGACGGCUGUACAAGAAGCUGCGGUAGAAGCAACUAGCACACAAGCCGCGUGGUUUACGUAUGCUGAGGCAGCUGCAACAGCUGACAGCGCAACAACAGCAGCAAGGGCAGCAGCAGUAGGGAUGGAAGCAAGCAAAGAGGCAGGCGCUGCUGCUCUGUGCUCUUCUAUUACGAAGGCUGCAGUAGAGGGAAGCAGCGCAGCAGCUGCGGCAGCAGCAGAAUUAGCUUCUUCAGUAGCUUGCUGCUUUCUGCUGAUACUACAGCAGGACACGCAGCACUCGGUAACUGCUGGAAGCUCACCCACCGCCGGGUUAACAGUGGGGCCUCGCAUCCGGGAAUUUUCAGCCGAGACUGCAGCAGCAGCUUUUCCGAUGCUGCUGCUAUUGCUGCUGCCUGGUCUGGAGCACCAGUUGUUGAAGGGCGAGACCUUGCGAGGCACAGCAGCAACACCCUUCUCUCUUUCGCUGCAUGCAGCGGAAGCGCUUCAUAUCCUGCGCAUAGCCAUUCUUCGAGCGCAGCAGCACCCAGCGUGGCAGCCGCAGCACGAGCUGCAAAUUGUGCACCAGUUCCGACAACGGUGUAUGAAGAUGGUAUUGACCCUGCAGCAGCAGCAGCUGCUGCGUCUUCUUGAGCAGCAGCUCAUGCGGCUCCUGAGUGUUUCCAUUCGAACUUGCAUAGAGCAGUUUGAUCUUUCGCUGCCUUUGUUACAAAGGGAAUUGCCAGGAAGGAGCAAGACCAGUAGGAGCAGCAGGAGCAGCGGCACUGGCUGGAGCAUCGUGGAGGCAGCUGUAUCUGCAAUAGAAGCGCCGCUGUGCUGUGUCUGCGUGCUGGUGCAGCUGCCCAGACUUGGGCUAGCAGCACCAGCAGACUGUGCUGGCCAGGCCGAAACACUAGAAGAAGUUGUUGCUACGUUGGUUAACUUGCUGCUGAGGCUUAUGGAUCCGUGCGGGUGCUUUACCCGUGCACGGGCGCCGGCAGCAGGAGAAGCAGCAGAGACGGCAGAGCGGCGAGCACCAGCUACAGCACCCGCUUUAGCUCUCACAGCGGCAACAUUCGGAUGUUUUAGCAAGCUCCUUGUUGCCCUAACGGAGGCAGCGAGGAGCACGUGCAUGCAGAUACAACAGUUGUCAGCGACAGCAACAACACCUAAUAUAUCGGAGGAAACUGCUGUCGCUGCGGGGGAGCUGCAGCAAUGUUUUGCACGCGGUGCCGCAGCAGUUGUGAGGCUCUGUCUAGAUUCAGCAGCAGCAGGACAGGCGCUGCAACAGCAGGAGCAAUUAUCCGAUUUUAUUGCUGCAGUAGCAGAUGCAGACGUUGCCCUGUCGCGCUUCUUUGCAGUGCAUAGGGAACAUCAGCAGCUUCAACGACCCGUCGCUUUGCAACUGCUGGAGCAAAUCUUACAGGCGCCCAUCAGUGAUAGAAGGCAGGGUAGCAACAGCUGUGGUGUGCAAAACUCCGAGACAACAUUUAGCGGCAGAAAGAAGGGGCCGAUUGCUGCUGCCACUGGAGCAAGGCGCGGUGCAGAUGCAAUGCUUUUGACCUACGUCUCUGUAGAAGCCAGCGCUACUGCUGCUCUAAAGGUUCUAGCACGCUUCCUUGAAAACCGUAAGGCAGCUUCAGCCUUACCCACAACUGCGACUUCUGCUGCUUCUGCUGCUGUCUCCAGUGAUACUGCUGCUUCCAAUGACGCUACAGAUACAGCGGCAGCUUCUUCUGGAGCUGCCGUGCGACUUUUGCGUAUUGCAUGGACACGACUUGUCGGCCCAGCCCUGCGGGAAACUUGUUUUCCGCACUCGGCCCCAGAAGCUGUGACACCAGCAGUGGCUACAGCAACGAAAGCGGAAAGAUCACCAACAGCAGCAGCUGCAACAGUAGCUGCAACAGCAGCAUGCGUGCAGGCUGGACAGCAACAUGCCUUAGCCAUCAUAGAGACGCGUGGAAGCCUGAUAAGCGCGUUUGCAUCAGCUAUGGCAGCAGCAGCACCAACGGAAACGGCUACAGCUGUUGAGCCAAAGGUGCAACAACCCGUGCGACACGAGUUGCAACAGUUGCACGACUUGCAACAGGACUUCACCAUGGUAGCCGUUGCAGUUUCCUCUCUUCGUCCACUCGCGCUGGAGUUGUUUUUAUGGCCCCUCCGCUACCUGGUCGCACAACAGCAAAAAGAGCCGCAGCAGCAGCGCAAGCAUCAGCCACAACGGCAGCUCGUUCAAAUAUGGCGUACGCUGUAUAGUUGCUUCUGCGCUGAGGAUGAAGCACCGGCGGCAGGUGCUACAUCCAGGAGAAGCAGUAGCAACGGAUGCUGCUGUUGUCGCCUAGUGACGCUGGAUGACUUUCUGCAACAGGAUGAUUGGGUGCAUGUCAGUGACUUGCUCCUGGAGUUGCUACAGCUGCUACAGAAGACAUCCCCCAGCGCCUCUACUGGGUCGAGUGGUGAACGCUCCUGUCUGGCAGCGGCAGCAGCAGUCGUGGAGCGGGCAGCUGCAUCGGAAAGAGCCUACCAAAGACCCCCACAAACUCAAGGGGACUGUCAAUUCAUUUUCUUCCCGUCAAAAGGCCUUGGACCCUGCAGCAGUACCGAACACCCGGAGUGCAUUCAAGAAUAA